ACAAAAUCAUUGUGUUACACUGAGUGUUAGUUAGGCGUGUGUGAGCAUUUUGUGUUAAACUUACUUCCAGGUCUUUGUUUCAUGCUGCUAAGAGAUAAGAAUUACACUUAUUUAACAUUAUUUUGAGAUUUGAUGAUGAACAAGCAUGCUGGCCGGGCACCAGGAACUGCAAAUGGAUCAGUCAUGCGCAGUUUGUCCUCAGAGAAUUGUGGAUUUGAAAUUUUAGAUUAUGGAAGGACCACCAAUGAUUUCAUUGAUAAUAAAAUAGAAGAGCUUGGUUCAGGGGACAGUGAAGAGCCAUUCUAUGUGGCAAAUCUUGAUAGGAUCGUUAAGAGGCACGUCAGGUGGCUCACUAACUUACCUCGAGUCAAGCCUUUCUAUGCAGUGAAGUGCAACAACACACCAGCAGUUUUAAAGAUGCUGAGUGCUCUGGACACAGGUUUUGACUGUGCUAGCAAGGGCGAGAUUCAGCAAGCCCUAUCCCUGGGAGUGACACCAGAUAAAAUAAUUUAUGCACAUACAACCAAGCCCCUGUCGCACAUCAGGUAUGCCUGUGCUCAUGGAGUAGAUAUGAUGACCUUUGAUAGUGAAGAUGAACUCCUAAAAAUUUCUCUUUGUCAUUCCAAAGCCAAACUGGUACUCCGCAUUGCAGUGGAUGACUCUAAAUCGCUGGUAAAACUCAGUUCAAAGUUUGGAGCCAGACUGGGGUCAGUUGGUAGGCUGCUGAAACUUGCUGGAGAGCUGGGCUUAGAUGUCAUUGGGGUCAGCUUUCACGUAGGUAGCGGGUGCACUGGAAGUUUGCCGUUUAAGCAGGGCAUAGCAGAUGCCCGACAUGUCUUUGACUUAGCGAAUUUGUUGGGAUUCCAGAUGAGACUCUUGGAUAUUGGUGGAGGAUUCUCUGGGAUUGGGGAAUUUCAAGAUAAAUUUGAAGAGUUUUCAGAAGUCAUUAAUGGAGCACUGGAUGAAUUCUUCCCGCCUGACAGUGGGGUGCAGAUUAUCGCAGAACCAGGCCGAUACUACGUGGAAUCCGCCUUCACACUGGCAGUGAACGUCAUGGCCAAAAGAGUGGUCAUAGACGAGUCGUCAGAAAGUGACGAUGGUGAGGAAAACAGCUCUAACAGAAUGAUGAUGUACUACCUUAAUGAUGGAGUGUAUGGCUCCAUGAGUUGCAUUGUCUUUGAUCCCGCUCACUGCAACCUCGAACCAUACCUUCACAGGGCAGUUAAGAGCAGCGAGCAGAGAUACAGGUCUGUAAUCUGGGGUCCAACCUGCGACUGCAUUGACAAAGUAACUGACAGCUACUGGAUUCCUGAGUUGCACGUAGGCGACUGGCUUCUCAUCGACAACAUGGGUGCUUACUCUGUUAGUGUAUCCACUGACUUCAACAGCUUUGAAAGAGCACACAUUUAUCCAGUUAUGACAGCUGAGACAUGGAACACCUUAAAUCUUACUCACACCUAACUUAAUACAAAUGGAAAACAUAGAACAAAACCAUAAAAAAACCUAAAAACCCCACAUCUAACUAAAAGCUUGCUUGAAUAGCAGCAUCUUCAGUUGCUUUUUAAAAUAAUCAACAGAAUUCACACAGCCUAGGUGCCACUGCUUGAAAUGAUUGAUCCCCUCUGGUUUUAAAAUGAGUGUAGGGAACCACUAAUAGCCUCUGACCUGAUGACCUCAAACUACGGGUCGAAUUAUUAAGCUUUAUCAAGUCAGAGAUGUAGGGAGGAAUUUGACCGUGCAGGGCUCUAAAAGUAAGGACCAGGAUUUUAAACUGAAUUCUAUACUAGACUGGUGACCAGUGAAGUGAUGCUAAAACAUGUGUGAUGUGUGCUCUUUUGUUAAUGUGAGUUAAAAGCCUUGCAACAGAAUUCUGUAUUGACAGGCCUAUCGCGAAUAUUUUGUCAUGUAAAUUUCACUGCACCUGCAAUCCACCAUGGGAUAAUGGCAUUCUCCCAAUUUAGGAUUACAUUUGUGGUAAGUCUGUUAUAGACAUACAGUAUAUAGUAUAAGCAAUUACAAAUAAUUCACUUAGAGCAAUGCAAUGGGAGCGCCGCAUUUUUACAACCAGGUAAAAAUGGCAGCAGCGUGAUGAGGCGUUUUUUCCGGUCGCUGAGAGUUGAAAAAUGUUCAACUUUGGGAAAAACGCUGCGCUCGUCACUGUCACUUUUUACCCAGCAGUCCAAUCACAGUGCAGGAGGGGCAGGACUAACACCACACAGAGCACAUCCGAUCUUGAACGAAACGAUGUGUCUACACACCGAGGUGUAGGCACAUUGGCGUGUCAUCACAUCUCAUCAUCAACACUGCACCUCCAAAACGCACCCUAACGCUCCCAACUAGGCGUUUUCAGAAGAGCAGGUGGCGCUUUCAGCUGGUAAAAAACGCUUUGGUGGACACGGGCAUUUAGAUUAGUUUGCAGUUUGUAUACUACAGUUUGCAGUGUAAAAAGAUAGCAUGGAAUAUUAAAAAAAAAUGUUGUUGUGUUUAAAAUACACCAUCUUUUCUCAAUGAAUUUGUAAGGGUAUCUGGGGAUCUGCUGAUACAGAGUGCUAUCCAUUACUUAUAUUUACCUUAAUGUUGAUUAAAUACGCUAUGUAUCCGACACACUGAAGUAACAGGUGUAAUGUGGAGAAUGGGGACUUGUGAAACAGAUAAAACGGUAACAAUCUGUUGGAGUUGUUAAGACUGCUUCUGACUCAUAAACAAUCUUAGUACAGACCAUAGUCUGUAUAUAAAAAAUUGACAACACGACAGCUCCCAGAAGUGAUGCCAAAACAUGGCAAUUGGCCCUUUGCGGAUGGAACAUGGACAAACAAUAAAGUCAAAUACAUUUUCCCAAAGAUGGUUUCUGUCAUUAGGUAGUUCUUAUCAUGCUGAUGUGUGUUCAAGUGUUCAUAUUUCUGAUACGUUGGGUUUUUCACAAGUUAUUUGAUGUUAUUAGCAUGACUGACAGCUGAGCCCUGCUCGCAGUUGAGUCGACUGGGAGUAUGGGCUGGACCGGGAUACAGCAGCUCCAACCCUGAUCACUACUGCGCAGAUUCUGACUCCACUGUUUGUAGUUUUUUAGGGUAGAAUACACUAUUGUUUUAACAUUGAUUAUGUGUGGAUGUGAAUGUGGAAAAGGUGGGUCUUACCAUAAGACCUGCAACAAGAGGAGUGAGACAGGACAUAACCAAUGUAAUACAGACUUUAAGGAUUCUGCUCCCAGGACCAGCUCAGAGACACAUGUAUUUGAUGUAUUUGUUUAUUUACUUAAUUUACGUAAUUAUCACUAAACUUGAUUUAAUUUGAACUUUACUGGAAUCUGUGUCUCAUUGAAAAGAAUACCAUUUAUAAUGAAAGGACAACAGUUCUCCCGCGACCUGAUCCCGGAUAAGCGGAUGAAGAUGGAUGGAUGGAUGGAUGGAUGGAUGGAUGGAUGGAUGGACAACAGUUCAUCUAAGUCUAAGUUACAGUUACA